GCUGCUCUCUUCACCAGGGAGUGGAGGAAGUUAGCUGUGAGAACGGUUGCUACCCGCAGAAUUCCUUUCUUCCUGGAUGCCUGGCAGAAGGUGACGCAAGGCCGUAACCCACAGGUUAUGAGCAGUACACCACCGAACUAUGGGAUAACGAUCUGCCGGUUUGGCUAGGCAGUCAGCAAGUGCAGGGCAGAUCUCUCACCCACUCAGCUCUAUAAAAGGCCGGCAUCAAAACGAGAGGGCUGACUGGUUGGUUCCCGCCGCCCUCGGACAUGGACGGGUUCUCGCUGCUUCCAUUCUUCCUCCUGGCGGCCUUCCCGGGCUCGCAGAGUCUCCCUCUCCCACGCCACGACUGGGAGAAAUGCUUCGUGGACUCCGACUACGAGGAGCUGGUGAAACUGGCCAAAAACGGCUUGAAGGGCGAGUGCUCCAAGAAAGUGGUGAUCGUCGGGGCCGGCAUCGGCGGCCUCACGGCUGCCAAGCUGCUAAAAGACGCAGGCUGCCAGAUCACGAUCCUGGAAGCCAGUAACCGGGUCGGAGGACGCAUCUUGACCCAUCGAGAAGAUGACUGGUAUGCGGAGCUGGGAGCCAUGCGUCUGCCCCGAGACCACAGGAUUGUGCAUGAAUUUAUCCACCAGUACAAACUUCCGCUGAGCCCGUUCUACGGCAGCAACGACAACACCUGGUAUCUGGUGAACAACGUCCGGGCCAGGCAUAUCGACGUGGAGCAAGACCCCGACGUCUUGGAGUACCCCGUGCGUCCCUCGGAGAAGGGCAAAUCCGCCACCGCGCUUUAUAAUCAGACGCUGGAUACGGUGACUACGGACUGCAGGGCUUUGAAAGAGAAAUACGACUCCUUUACCAUCAAGGAAUAUUUGAUUAAAGAAGGCAACUUAAGUCGAGGAGCCGUUAACAUGAUCGGCGACCUGAUGAAUUUAGACGGCGGCUUUCACGUGUCUUUCCUUUACUCGCUCAUGGACCAUGUGGCAUUCCAGCAAGGGCUUGACGAGAUCACCGGGGGCUUCGAUAAACUCCCAGAGGCGUUCUAUCGGUCUUUGAAGAGAGACAUCCGAUUCCAGGCCCCGGUGGUGAGGAUAAUACAAGACGGCGACGGAGUGAGGGUGUUCUACACAGCCGACUACGUCCUGGUGGCCACCGCGGCCAAAGCCGUCCGGCUCAUUAAGUUCUCCCCGCCUCUGUCACCCAACAAGACCCGGGCCCUGCGCUCUGUCCACUUCUCGAAGGACGUGAAGAUUUUUCUGGCCUGCCGGAAGCGGUUCUGGGAGCUGGACGGGAUCUUCGGCGGGAAGUCGGUCACGGGCCACCCGGCCCGAAACAUCUACUACCCCAGCCACAAUUUCUCCAGCGGGGUGGGGGUGGUGCUGGCGUCCUACACGGUGGAUGACGACGCAGACUUCUUCAACUCCCUCAGUGACGAGAUGUGCGCGGACCUGGUGCGCGAGGACCUGGCCAAAAUCCACCAGCUGCCCAAGAGCUACGUCCAGAAGGUCUGCGACAAACACGUGGUCAAGAAAUGGGGCCAGGACAAGUAUUCCAUGGGCGCCUACGUCUCCUUGACCCCCUACCAGUUCACCGACUUCGCCGCGGCGCUGUACCAGAACGAAGGGAGGGUCUACUUCGCCGGGGAGUACACCGCCCAGCCGCACGGCUGGAUCGACACAGCCAUGAAAGGCAGCAUCCGGGCAGCCAGCCAGAGCGAGAGGAAGGGAAAUGAACUGCUGUAA